GUAGAGAAAUUUGUAUGGUGCUUGUAUUCUCAAUUAAUUGAUUUAAAGUAUAUAAAUACUUUCAAUAUUACACUUAUUAAUAUGUCCAAUAACGUUAAGAUACUCCCUGGAGCCACGGUAUGCGAGGACUGCACACUGGAGGGUGACAUCACCAUCGGCGGAGGUACCGUCAUCCACCCGAGAGUCACCAUCAUUGCUGAAGGCGGCCCCAUUAUAAUAGCUGAAUACUGUAUCAUUGAAGAGUAUACCACCAUCAUACACAAAAAAAGCGACAACCAAGAGGAUCCUCCAAAACCUCUCUUCAUCGGCGCCCACAACGCUUUUGAAGUUGGCUGCAAACUGGAGUCCUAUUGUGGGCAUGUUGGCGAGAGCAAUGUGUUUGAAUGCAAGUCCUUCGUGGGAGUGGACGUUAAAGUUGGCAGCGGUUGUGUCAUCGGAGCAGCAUGUCAACUGACAGCACCACAAACACUAGCAGACAAUACAGUGAUCUGGGGCUCCGAGCAUCACAUCAGAGAAGCACUAGAAAAGCAGCCGUCUCAACUAUUACAACUAGACUUCCUAGGGAAAGUGAUGCCGAACUACCACAGGCUGAGGAAACCUAACAUUCACAAGCGGGCACCGUCUUCUAGGCAAUCACAGGAGACUUCGCCUAAACUAUAAUGUAUGGUAAACUAAUUACUACUUAUAAUAGUUAUUUGUUAUACAAGGGGGCAAAGUUGUAUUUUAACGCCGAGUGUGGAAUUGAAAAACGAGCAAGUGAAAGGAUUCUA